AUGCUAGAGGGUGACGCUGAUUUAUAUAUAUCACAGCCUCAUAUUUCACAUCAUCCUACCUUUGAUCCAGAUACAUAUUGCCUUCAAUCUACUACAUGUGGAAUUGAUAUUCUUCAUAUACCUAAAUGGUUUAAACGUCCUAUAUACCUUGGUAUUUAUGGUCAUCCAUCUAAUGAAAUUGCCAGUUAUACAUUAGACAUAAUUAAUAAUUCAGACCCUGGUGAGGAAUUUAAUUUGAAUUUGUUUGAAUCCGAAGAAGAGAAUGAAACUCAAUCUAUAAAUACUGACAAAAACAAUGAUGUAAGAAUUUAA